AGCUUGAAAUCUAACAACUCUGUCACGAGGUCUAUCGAGUCUUCACAGUGUUAAAAAGUUAUCCUCAAGAGUCACUAGGUAUAAAGGUAGAUAGAGUUAUUUGAUAGUAAAUUAGAUAAAAAACACAGCCCUAUUAAACACCAAAAAAAUCAAAUGUAUUUGUAAUAGAGGCAAAAUUUAUUCUAUUAAAAUAAUAAGAGAAGAAUGAUGACCAUUUUCUCGAUGAUUUUGGUCUUUUCAAGUUUAUGGCUUGUAUCAAUAGCAACGCCCGUCUUCAAUAGCUUAGACCAACAUUUUUGGAUGCAGUCCAGCAAAGAUUUUGUAUCUGGAACGCCGUUGACAGAAGAAAUGAAGGGAAAUUUUUCAGAUAUAAAAGAUGAAUUUUUAGAGGAUUUUUUUCAAUGGGAAAAACAGGAUCCCGCACUUUAUGAAGGUGACAUUAUGUUUUUGGGGGACAAAAAUGCUAUCUUGAGCAGCAGCUAUCGUUGGCCGAACGCAACGAUCCCUUAUGAAAUUUCAAAUGUCUACACGUCCGAUCAGCGUAAAGUUAUCGCAUUUGGUAUGAACGAGUACCACGAAAAUACGUGCAUCAAAUUUGUUCCUCGAACUAGCGAAAAAAACUACAUAAGAAUCUACAAAAAAGGAUCAGGCUGUUCUAGCUACGUUGGUAUGGUCAAUAUUGGUUCUCAAGAUGUAAGUCUUGAUGACGGAUGUGUCUCAAGAAUUCGUCCAGGUAUCGUCCUGCACGAACUUAUGCACGCGGCUGGAUUUUUUCAUGAACACACUCGCCCAGAUCGUGACACAUUUGUUAGAAUUAAUUUUGAAAAUAUUUUGGAAAAGCAUGUCUUUAACUUCAACACAAACGAUGCAUCGAAGGUAACUACUCUUGGACUCCCCUACGAUUACGAUUCUGUGAUGCAUUAUUCAAGGUAUGCUUUUGCCAUUGACAAGACCAGACCAACCAUUACUCCUGUCCCAAAUGAAAACGUAGAAAUAGGGAAUAGAAGAAAAUUUAGUUCUCUGGAUCUUCUAAAACUGAACGCACUGUAUUGUUCCGAGGUCAAGUAAAUCGUCCUUUUACGUCAAUAUGAAACUUUUAUGUAUAACAAUACCUUAUACAUAUUUCUGUACAAGACAUACACCACAUUGCUUUUCAUAAAAAGUUUAAAUAUAGCAAUUCUUACUAUCGAUCAUCGAAAUAGAUUGCAUUCCUCUUUUCUAUAAAUCUAAAUGUUUUUAAAUAUAGUGUCUAUGCAUGUUCUUUUUCAAUUCGUCUUUAUUUGUUCUUUCUUAUUCUUAUUUCAACCUCUUCUACAUCCUAUUACGAAGAAAGUACAUGCGCAAAUUGUUUAGAGCAGUUAUUUUAAAAUCAUGUUUUAGUACAAAGCAUCCGAUAGGUCCCUCUCCAUGUUUUCAGUGAAUAUUUCAUUCCGCUUGUUUUCACCGUUUUCAAAAUUUUGAUUUUGUUUAGGGUAAUAAGAGUUUUACCUACGCUCUUUAAAAAUAUAAGAUCAAGUUUUAAAUCACCGUUUUUACUCAGUUAUCUACCAGUUCAUUUCACCAUCUUUGUGCUGUUUUUCUUUUCCUUUUUUUUCUAUCGGAAAUAUAUAGGAAAAAAAUU